GAGCGCACAGAGGAGAUGGAUUUCUUGCUGUUGGUGGUUCGUAAACUCUUGCGCACCAACUCACGAUUUGUGAAGGUGAUUCUGAUGUCAGCAACCAUCAACUGCCAAGAGUUUGCCAACUACUUUGCAAUUCCAGUUCGCAACAAACUAUAUCCCGCCUAUGUGUUUGAAGUGGAAGGCAAGCCCCAUGCUAUUGAAGAAUACUAUCUUGACGACUUGAAGCCAAUUUUGAGUAACAUUAGGAUUAUCCAAUCGAUCGUUGAGGAACCACUGAUACCCAAAGAGAUGUACACAGCUGCAGUUACUCUGAUCCAGUGGUUUGAUGAACUGGAAAUGAAGGAGAGCGGGAUGGAAAAACAUUGUUUGGACCUUAUGUCAGAGUGUGGCAGUGUGUUGGUGUUUUUACCAGGUUUGGCAGAAAUAAAUUACAUGCAUGAACUGCUUACCAACAUGGUCCAUAAAAGGUUACAAAUCUAUCCGCUCCAUUCUAGUGUCACACUGGAAGAACAGAAUAAUGUGUUUUUGGCUCCAGUUCCUGGUUACCGGAAAAUCCUUCUGUCUACAAACAUAGCUGAGAGCUCUGUAACGGUUCCAGAUGUCAAAUAUGUCAUUGAUUUCUGCCUAACCAGAACACUAGUUUGUGAUGAAGACACCAACUAUCAAAGCCUGCGGCUGUGCUGGACUUCUAAAAACAGCUGUAAUCAGAGGAGAGGCCGGGCCGGUCGGGUUUCAAAAGGCUACUGUUACCGGCUAAUAUACAAAGACUUCUGGGCAAACUACAUACCUGAGACCUCUGUUCCUGAGAUGGUGCGAUGUCCAUUGGAGAAUACCGUACUCAAGGUAAAGCAACUUGACAUGGGAGAGCCCCGAGCUUUGCUUGCAACAGCCUUGUCUCCACCCAAUAUCAGUGAUAUUGAACGCACCAUUCUACUGCUUAAGGAGAUAGGAGCACUUGCUAUCGGUGACCAUUCUGAUGAUGCAAAUCUUUAUGAUGGUGAGCUGACCUUCCUAGGAAAGGUGCUGGCACGUUUACCUGUAGAUCAGCACCUUGGCAAACUAAUAGUUCUUGGCAAUGUCUUUGGGUGUCUGGAAGAAUGUCUUAUAAUAGCUGCAGCCCUUUCCUUGAACAGCUUCUUUGCGAUACCUUUCAGACAACACCUGGAUGGAUACAGGAAUAAAAUGCAUUUUUCUGGGAACAGCAAGAGUGAUUGCAUUGCACUGGUUAUGGCAUUUAAGGAGUGGCAAGAGAGCAGGCAAAAAGGAAAACUUAGACAUCCUAAGGUGGCUGAAUUGUAUGAGGAGUUGAAAAAGAGAGUCAGUGAAUUCAACAUGCAUGUUAACCCUCAGCCCCCUGCCAUGGAUCGUGACUACGUGUACAAACAGCGGUUCAUUUUGCAGGUUGUAAUGGCUGGUGCUUUCUAUCCAAAUUAUUUUGCUUUGGAACAACAUGAUGAAGAAAUUGCUGCGAAGGAGCUGUCGGGCAAAGAUCCCAAAACAACAGUUGUGUUAAAGAGCAUUCCCUCAUAUGGAUUCCUCUACUAUAAACAGCUGCAAUCGCUGUUUAGACAGUGUGGCCAGGUAAAAUCCAUUUCCUACGAUGGAUCCAAAGCUUUUGUAGAAUUUUCCCGGAAUCCAAUGGAACGCUUUAAAACGCUUCCAGCUGUGUACAUGGCCCUUAAGAUGUCACAACUGCGGACUCAAUUUGAACUUAAUGUACAUUUGUCGGAAGAGAUUGAGGAGAAAAUGGACACAGGAUCAAGUGUAAUAGUAAGAAAUACACGCGUGAACGUGGACUUUCAGAAACACAAAGUGGCUCCCGCGCAAAAGUUUUGCAGUGCUUUAGAAAAAUCACAAACCAUCACAAGCCUUGAUUUAUCCAUCAACGUCACAGAGGUGGUCGAGGUGGGACACUUCUGGGGUUACAGAAUUGAUGAAAAAAAUAUGACUUUACUAAAAAAUCUGUCUGCGGAGAUCAACCAGCUAGACCUAAAACCUCUGUCAAUCCGUCCCUAUCCAGACUUGGUUUGUAUGGCACCGUUUACAGAUUGGGAAAAUGAAAGAUACUACAGAGCCCAAGUCCUGUAUGUGUCUGGAGAGAGUGUUGAGGUUUUCUACGUAGACUAUGGCAAUAGAUCCAAAGUGGCAUUGGACCACCUGCGAGAGAUUCCGGAUCACCUUCGAAAGCUUCCUUUCCAGGCUCUGGAAUUCAAGGUGCGCAGAAUGCGGCCCUCUUCCCAGUCUCUUGUAUGUGGAGAGCAGUGGAGCUACGCAGCGAGCCAAAGGUUUGCUUCGUUGGUCAGCGGCUGUGCGCUGAUGGUGAAGGUCUUUUCGAUUGUGCACAGCAUCUUGCACGUGGAUGUAUUCCGGCACUCUGGGAUUAUGGAUGUUGUGAAUAUUCGAGACGUACUUAUUCAAGAAUGCUACGCCGAGUUGUCAGAAGACUCCUAUGAAUCAAAACUAAGCAGUGAAACUCUCAAGCAGUUGUUUGCGAAGCCAGAUGGGAAGACGGGGAGGAGCGUUGCCACCGGCGAGACGAACUCGAGAGCACAAGAAGAGGAUCGUCUGAUCAAAGCGCUAUUGGAUAGCAAUGCCACCAGUAGGCUUGGCAUGCCCAACUGCAAGGCGUUGCUGCUUGGUCCAUACAACCCCUACAAUAUGAAAUUCAGCAGUAUGACCAGGAUCUCCCAGUUCAGAACUGUUUUUGUAGAGAAGGAGAGCGUCAAUUCUGUGGUUGUUGACGAUGCCCCCGAGGAUUCAUUUCAGCAAAUACUGGUUGCCGCAUCCAUAAGGAUCAACUCAACAGGGUCCACAAUGUUGCUGAGGGAGACUUCUCUCAUGCCUCCGGUGCCUGGACUGCCGGCUCUGCUUAGCAUGCUGUUUGCUCCUGCAAUAGAUCUUAGGGUUGACGAGAGCAGAAAGAGAUACACUGGUGUCCUUUGUGGCUUGGGAUGGAACCAUGCCCUCAGAAUCCCAGUCCUCCCAGACCAUGACAUAGAGCUUGCAUUUGAUGUGGAGAUGAAUGUCGAUGACAUAACACAGAUAAACAUCCUAAGAAAAGCCAUCAACAAAUUGGUCUGCGAUGGCCCCAAUGGCUUGUUGCAUUUAGGUAGAGAAAGAAUGACUCAUUUACAGAAUGCUGCUCGUCAGAACCUUUUAAGCCUUAUUUGCAAAUCAAAGCCUCGAGAAAUAAUUCCUCCCAAAUGGUAUGCAAAAUCAUACGAGUGGGGCCAGCAGAAGAACAAGUUCAUCAUUGACCAGUCUGAAGUACUGAACUCAAAAGAGAAGCGUGCCUCCCUUUACCAGUUGCACAAGUUGGUUCUGUUAAAUGCCUGA